AUGGGACAUUUGCCCGGCGGCAACGGUGUUGGUGACUUGGGAGGUGGUGACCGAACCGGAGUUGGAGUUGGUGACUUGGGAGGUGCUGACGGCACUGGAGUUGGUGACUUGGGAGGUGCUGACGGAACUGGAGUUGGAGUUGUUGACUUGCUAGGUGGCAACGGAAUCGGAGUUGGAGUUGGUGACUUGCCAGGUGGUGACGGAACUGGAGUUGGUGUUGGCGACUUGCGAGGAGGUGAUGGAACAGGAGUUGACAUUGGGGAUUUCCUAGGGGGUGAUGGAAUUGGAGCUAAGGUUGGUGACUUGUUAGGCGAUGAUGGCACAGGAGUUGGCGCUGGGGACUUGCCAGGUGGUGAUAGCACUGGAGUUGGCGUUGGGGAUUUUCCAGGGGGUGAUGGAGCUGGAGCUAUGGUUGGUGACUUAUCAGGCGGUGAUGGCAUAGGAGUUGGCAUUGGGGACUUGCCAGUUGGUGAUGGCGCGGGAGUUAGGAUUGGGGACUUUUCCGGUGAUGAUGGCCCUAGAGUUGGGGUUGGGGACUUGCUAGGUUGUGAUGGCCCUGGAGUUGGGGACGUGUUAGGUGGUGAUGGCAUAGGAGUUGGGAUUGGGGACUUGACUGGUGGUGAUGGCACUGGAGUUGGGGUUGGAGAGUUGCUUGGUGGUGACGACCCUGGAGUUGGGGUUGGGGACUUGCCUGGUGGUGAUGACCCUGGAGUUGGGGUUGGAGACUUACCAGGUGGUGAGGGUACUGGAGUUGGCGUUGGCGAUUUGCUAGGGGGUGACGACACUGGAGCUAUGGUAGGUGACUUAUUAGGCGGUGAUGGCAUAGGAGAUGGCAUUGGGGACUUGUCCGGUGUUGAUGGCGCUGGAGUAAGGAUUGGGGACUUUCCCGGUGAUGAUGGCCCUAGAGUUGGGGUUGGGGACUUGCCAGGUUGUGAUGGCCCUGGAGUUGGGGCCAUGUUGGGUGGUGAUGGCCCAGGAGUUGAGGUUGGGGACUUGCCUGGUGGUGAUAGAACUGAAGUUGGGGUUGGGGAGUUUCCUGGUGUUGAUGGGUCUGGAGUUGGGAUUGGGGACUUGCCGGGUGGUGAUGGCAAUGGAGUUGGGGUUGGUGACUUCCCUGGUGGUGAUGGCACUGGAGUUGGGGUUGGGGAGUUGCUUGGUGGUGACGACACUGGAGUUGGGGUUGGGGACUUGCCUGGUGGUGAUGGCCUUGGAGUUGGGGUUGGUGACUUACCUGGUGGUGAGGGCACUGGAGUUGGCAUUGGCGACUUGCUAGGUGGUGAUGGCAUUGGAGUUGGCGAUAUGCUAGGGGAUGACGACCCUGGAGCUAUGGUUGGUGACUUAUCAGGCGGUGAUGGCAUAGGAGUUGGCAUUGGGGACUUGCCAGGUGUUGAUGGCGCUGGAGUUAGGAUUGGGGACUUUCCAGGUGAUGAUGGCCCUAGAGUUGGGGUUGGGGACUUGCUAGGUUGUGAUGGCCCUGGAGUUGGGGACGUGUUAGGUGGUGAUGGCUCAGGAGUUGGGGUUGGGGACUUGCCCGGUGGUGAUGGCCUUGGAGUUGAGGCUGGGGACUUGCCUGGUGGUGAUGUCCCUGGAAUCGGGGUUGGCGACUCGAUUGGUGGUGACAACACUGGAGUUGGCGUUGGCGACUUGCCUGGUGGUGAUGGCACUGGAGUUGGUGUUGGCGAUUUGCGAGGGGGUGACGGCAUUGUAGUUGGUGUUGGCGACUUUCUAGGUGGUGAUGGCAUUGGAGUUGGCGUUGGGGAUUUGCCAGUGGGUGAUGGAACUGGAGCUAUGGUUGGUGAUUUAUCAGGCGGUGAUGGCAUUGGGGACUUGCCAGGUGGUGAGGGAAAUGGAGUUGGCAUUGGCGAAUUGUCAGGUGGUGAUGGCCCUGGAGUUGGAGACUUGUUAGGUGGUGAUGGCAUCGGAGUUGGUGUUGGGGACUUUUCAGGUGGUGAUGGCACUGGAGUUGAUGUUGGGGGCUUGCCUGGUGGUGACGCCAACGGAGUUGAUAAUACGCCAGUUGAUGGCGCUGGAGUUGGCGUAGGUAACUUAUUAGGUGGUGAAAGUAUUGAAGUUGGUGUUGGUGUUGAGUCUCCAGGUGAUGAUGGUGUCAGUGCUGGUGACAUUCCAGAUGGUGACACCUUCGGAGUUGGUGUAGGUGACUUAUUAGGUGAUGAAGGUACUGGAAUUGGUGAUUUUUCAGGUGGUGAUGGGAUUGGUGUAGGUGAUAUUCCAGGUGGUGAUGGCAUUGGUAAAGGUGACAUGCCAGGUGGUGACACCACUGGAGUUGGUAUCGGUGACUUGCUAGGUGGUGAUAUCACUGGAGUUGGUGGGUUCCCUCCCUCAUUGCCACCGCCGUGUCGAGGCGGAUAUUUGGGACGUGGUGGUGGUGGUGGGGGGUGGACAUUAUAG